AGCCGCGGCCCGAAACGUUGAGAAGGCCCCGAAGGCGGUGCUUAGCGGCGGCUGAGAAGGCCUUGUCCUUGGCCGGCCAAGCUCGUCCCGGGGGGCUUCGGAGUUCUCCUCUGGGCUGGCAAAGAAAGGGCCGCGCGAGCGCCCCGCCAACGGUUCCGAAAGCGGCAGUAGCCGCUUGGCUUCUCUGCCUUCUAUUCGCCCACUUGCAGGGGGCGGGGCUUAGAGCAGCCUAUCGGGUUGCGGGGAAAGCCGAGCCGUUGGCACAAGAGGAAGAGACCGCGCGUGCGCAUUGACUCCGCCAUUCCCGGGGCUUCAAAGAAGCGCGCCGCGCCUAACACGGGCCCGGCAUCGCCAACAGGCUGCCCGCGGAGGCUCCCUCCAGGGGCUCGGGCGCCCACGGCCAUGGUGUCCUGGAUCCUGUACCGCGCCGUGGUGCUGGUAUUUGGGAUGCUGUACCCUGCCUAUGCUUCCUACAAGGCUGUGAAAACGAAAAACAUCCGAGAAUAUGUCCGCUGGAUGAUGUAUUGGGUCGUGUUUGCCCUCUUCAUGGCUACGGAGGCCAUCGCAGAUACGUUCAUUUCCUGGUUUCCCUUCUACUAUGAGAUCAAAAUGGCCUUUGUAGUGUGGCUGUUGUCCCCGUACACAAGAGGAGCUGGCCUGCUGUACCGCAAAUUUGUGCAUCCCACAUUAUCUCGCAAAGAAAAGGACAUUGAUCUGCUCAUCCUUCAGGCCAAAGAGCGUGGCUACGAGACCCUUCUAAGCUUCGGGAAGAAGAGCCUCAACGUAGCAGCCACGGCUGCUGUCCAAGCUGCAGCAAAAAGUCAGGGUGCCCUGACUGGACGUCUGCGUAGCUUCAGCAUGCAGGAUCUGCGCUCUAUCCCUGAUGCAGCCCCAGUCCAUUACUCUGACCCCCUCUACCUGGAGGAACAGGAGCUUCGCCGGAGGCCAAUAGGACACCGGGAAGCUCCCCAACAACUGGGCUCUGAUAGCAACGAGGAGGACUGCUGGUCAGACUCUGAGGUCUCCACCAGCUUAAGAGACCGCAGCAAGGAGCCUUUGCUAACCAAGCCACUGGCAAGGAGCCAGAGCCUCCGUGUAGUGAAGAAGAAGCCGCCUGUCAAAGAGGGCUCUACGCGGCUCGUGCGAAGUCGCCUCAGGAAGAAGGCAGCCGAUCAGGACUGCUAGGCUGGCUGCUGGGAAGCAUCCCUUGCAAAUGUCAGGGCUUUGCUGCCCGACGGCACUUGGAAACUUGUACUGCAGUCCUUGUUCCGGGACCCAUGAAGGUCUUUUUAAUUUGCCAAAGCCAAGCAUAGUGCCUGUGGUUGAGUUUUAGUUAUGGAGGAAACACCCCUUUUUUGGCAACUAGAAGCCCACUGUUUUUUUUGGGGGGGGGAUGUUCCAGCCUGGUGGCAGCCUAGUCCCCUGCUUGGGCUGCAGUCCAGCUCUCAGGCCAACCUCCCCUCCUUGUCUCAAAGCGAUGCCUUGACUCUGACUGGUGACUUCCUCCCUCCUUGGGUUUCUGUGCUUGCCGUCUGCCAAAUCUCCUGCCCACUUGAUGUGCCUACAGGAAGAGAGUCUCUUUUCCUUCCACUAUGUGCCUUUGCUAAUAACACUACACUGUACCAUAAAGUCAUUUGCCUUUUCGAAGGCCAGGGGUGGAAGAGCAGCUUCUUGUGGAGUCACGAAGAGAAGAUUCUGGAUACCUUUUCUUGCCUGGGCCCAGGUGCAAUGUCUUGCUGCUGUGAAGAUGGAGUGCUCCAAGCUGAGCCUAGCGCAGAGGUGCAGUUCAGCUUAUACAGCAUCCUAGAGCUAGACCAUUCCUGCUUCCGGUGGGAGUGCUGUAGUGAUAAACCAAAGAAGGAAGCAGCCUGUCUUACUGUAACCCCCACUCCCCCUGAUGCUGCUUCCAUCUCAUGCCUGCUCUGCCGCUGAUGAAGACACUACCUGGUCUACUUGAGCACUGUCACUGGCUAGGACCUUUGCUUGAGGGCGUUUGUAAUUUUUAUACAUGAUUAAAUAAACACAUUUUUCUUA